GUUGUUUUCGAAACUUCAUUCUGCAAACUUUGUGCUUUGGUGUGCUGCUGUCUCGUCGGUAUCGGUGCUCUUUUGCUUCGAAUUUUGCCUACAAAAUUGGAAAAAAUAAAAUAAUUUUUUUACUUUUUAAUUAAGUAAUUCUGAAAAAUGUUUUAUCCUCAAAACAUUUAACAUAAAAACAACACACUUACGAAUUUUGUUAAGUGCUUAACCAAAGACUCGCUUCCAUAUUCUUGAUUCGUGAAGUGCGCAUUUUAACGAAAAAUAAAAAGGAACCAUCUUUGGAUUAAAAAAAAAAAUCCCCUUCCUCCACCUCGUCUUCCUUUCAGCAGCAAUUUUUAUUGAGAACAUCGGACAAAACUUCCUUUUAAGAAAAAAAAGUUGUGAACGUUAAAUACCCAUUAGAAAGUAAUAUUGUGGAAAAGUUGGCAGAUCACUAUCUCCAUCUGUGCGAACGGAUUUAUGUGCAGUUAAAUUCAGAGAGAAAAAAAAACUUAAUUCUUGUGUUAAGCUCUCCAAUAACGGACAUCUAUAACUGUUGUUGUUGCUCGUAUUGUCUUUUGACAAAGUAACAAAAGGAACAGCCGAAACCGUGGCGCAUCAACAAACAAAAAAUAGGUUUUCGAAUAAAAUGGCAAGCACAGGUGACAUUUGGCUACAAUGGUUCUCGUGCUGUUUUCAUCAACCACAAUCACCUUCGCGAAGGCGACAUCAACGAUUACGUAUUGACAGAUCGAUGAUCGGCAAUCCGACGAAUUUUCAACACACCGGCCAUAUUGGCUCUGCUGAUGUGGAGCUAACAACGAAUCACCUAAAUGCCAUACAAACACAGAUGCAAAGCAAAGGGGGCUACGAAAUGAGUUCAAUUCGAGUGCAGGCAUGCUGAUAGAAAUCAACUGCAUAGAUUAAGCAACUCAACUUUAAUAUUAUUCAUCUAGAUUGGCAGACCUUCCAAAUGUAGAGAGCUACAAGUAGUGAAAACUACACAAGAACUUCAUAACGAAAAGGGGGAAAAUUAACUCCCUAUCAAGGCUUCCAAAUAAAAAGUAGUGCAAUCUGUCAUAAUCACACUUAUAAAGAACUGAAGAUCGUAAUGCAUUUGUCGAGUAUUUAUUUAUUUUUUUUUUAACUUCAAUUUAUGCCUUUUGACAAAUAUAAUUAAUUGAAAAAAAAAAAACAACAAACAACAUAAUGAUAAGCAUGCUAUACAUUUUUGCAGCUACGCACAAACUGCAGAACUGAAAGACAACCGCUUAAUGUUGAAUUUCAUUUUUUUUUAUUAUAAGAGACAUAAAAACUGACUAUUUCUCUGUAAUUUAUAUUUUAUUUAAAUAUAUUUUUUUUUUGAUGAAAUGAUAAUAAAAGAAAAUAGAAUAGUGCGUGUGAAGCACUAAACACGCACAAAUACAUAUAGUUGUAUAAUGCAUUAGAAUGUAAAUAUCUACACAAAAUAUAUACCACUUAACUUGUAGUUAAUUGUUAGAUUUUAAGAAUAAUUGAAAUUAAUUUUUAAGUCACUCUCACAAAAAAAAAAUAACUUAAAAAUGGACUUUCAAAUAACAAGCAAUUUAAAAAGCACUUCAAACAAAAAAUGGACUUAAACUCGAAUAAUAAUAUAUUUUAAAGUGCAUUUAAAUUUUUACACAGUGACUGACUUUUUUCUACAUUUUUUUAUUACAGUUUUGUCAGAAUUUUUAAACAUUUAUCUAACCUUUUUUUGAAGAUCUUAACAAUGUACUAAAUUAAAUAUUUGAUAAAUUAAUGAAUAAAUAGUUUUUAAGCUUUGUAGUGUUUUUUCUUCUAUAAAAAUAAAACAUUUUCCUUUGUACUUAAAAAAAAUGGUUAACAGAAAGAAAAAAAAAAAAAACAACAAAGUGUUUCUUUUUCUUCUCCCCAAGUGUC